AUGGGGAAGAAUAUCCUGCUCUUCCUGCUGGGCCUCUCCUUUGUGGUGGGCUUCCUGCAAGCUCUGAGAUGUUUGCAGUGUGAGAUGUUAAACAAUGAUGGGAUUUGUGAGAAAGGAAACUCCACCUGUGAGGCUAAAGAUGGCCAGGAAUGUGGCAUACUGGUAGUUUCUGAAGGUGUUGAUAUCCUCUUUGGGAUGCAAGAUUGUUCUUUCUGGUGCUUAAAUAAGACUUUCACCCAUUAUAAUUUAACACUGGAUUUUUCAUGUUGCCACGACCAAUCACUCUGCAAUGAGUUUUAG